AUGCGUCUGAUUAAUGUGGAAACGGUACAGAUGCGGCAGUUCUCUGGGACUCGCAUUCCUCCAUACGCAAUUCUCUCCCAUAGAUGGGGCGAUGAUAAAGAAGAGGUAUCAUUCUCCGACAUGAAAAAGGGUUCAUCAAAAAAGGUGGGAAUGGCAAAGGUGCGGGGGUGCUGUAAGCAAGCCAAGAAAGAUGGGAUCAAAUACAUCUGGAUCGACUCCUGUUGCAUCAACAAGGACAGCUCAAAGGAGCUCGACGAAGCCAUCAACUCCAUGUUCCAGUGGUACCAGAAAGCCAAAUUCUGUUAUACCUAUAUGAGCGACGUACCCAAAGACGACAAGUUUCGGGAGCCGGGAUCCAAGUUUUACUCAAGUUCCUGGUUUCAGAGAGGCUGGACAUUGCAGGAACUACUAGCUCCUGCUGAAUUGCGAUUCUAUGAUCAGGAAUGGAAUCUACUCGACACCAAAGCCGAACUUGUGACUGAAAUCGAAAAUAUCACAAAAAUUCCUAAAGUGUUUUUACUUGGCUGGGACUUCCGCCGCGCAAGCGUGGCACAGCGAAUGUCGUGGGCAGCGAAACGGGAAACAAAAAGAGAAGAAGACAUGGCCUACUGUCUUUUAGGGAUAUUCAACAUCUCAAUGCCGAUGAUCUAUGGCGAAGGUCGAAAGGCUUUUGAGCGUCUGCAACUGAAGAUAAUAGAGCAAACCAGCGAUGACUCUAUUCUUGCUUGGGGAAUUUGUGAGAACAACGUUGAUGGACGAUCCACCAAAGUGACCAAGCCAAUCUCGGCUGGGGUAUUUGCUUCCUCCCCUAAAGAUUUCUCCGAUUGUGGACGUAUAGUUCCGCAUGACCAGAACUCAAACCCCAGCAGUAUCUUUACAGUAUCUGGUGGCUAUGUUCACACCUCCCUGACACUACAUUACAACAAAAACAAGACUCUCUACGCUGGACUUAACUGCCGCUUCCAAGACGAUGACCUUGAAAACGUCAUUGCCAUACCUUUGUACACCUCGUCUUCCAUGAAUGGAUACAUCAGACCACAAAAGCUAGGACCGGUAGUAGUCGAAAAGCCACCAGUUGGGCAUCCACGCGAGCGCUUCCAAAUUAGAGUUGAUCGACAAAUAAGUCCAGUCCAAGCAAGAGGGACAGCAGGUGUCUGGCUACAUGUCAUGGGUUAUAAGAAGCUCGGACUCAAGCUGGCAGAAACUUAUCCGCCGCUUGAGUGGGACAAUAGUCGGGCUUUGCUCGACAAUAACGACGAUAGCAAAACUCGUGUCGAAACCCAACUUGUUCGUUUCACGUCUGAUGCUGCGAAAAGCCAUGAUGUGAUAGUAGUCAUUGAACGAAACCCUUCCAAGUGUCCAUCGACGAUGCGAAGCUUUAUAAUACAGGCGCUCCGAGACCUGGAGCUGGCGGAUAUCGAAAAGAGCCUACCGUUCAUGAAUCCGAAGAGUCGUGAGGCGAACAAAGCUGAUAAUGGAGUGAUUGAGGUCACAGUUGCUCAGACUCAGGAAACUGUUCCAGAUGGGAUACUUUGUUUCGUCAGCCUGGACCGCACUGAUGAGGUUCCGACUGUUACUAGAAAACACCCAGCAAUAUUGACAGCAAAGCUGAAAUGCGAUUUUAUGGAUUCGCUGAAGAAGGAGCACCUUGCAAGGUCAGCGGAACAUCCAGCUAUCAAGAGUCUGGCCACACUGAGGGAUCGUCGGGAUUCUCUUGAAAAUAAGAUGAUCGAGAUAGAACAAGAAGAGUGGAAGUUGGCUGAAAGAAAGAGAUUGGUACAAACAGAAAUCAAAAGCCUCACGGAUCAAAUUGUUGCCGAGGAGGCCAAGACACAGGGGCGUCUGAAAAACUAUGAAAAGCACAAAAGCAAAAGGCUGCAGAUCCAGAGCAUACUGGACGGUAAAACUGGUUACUCGCCCGGUCUAUCCAAACCACGAUUCUUAUCAACUAAAGGAGAAGUCGCGGCGGGUCCAGGAAACUGGUUUGAGAAGAUGAUCGAGAGGCAGUUGAAAAGAGUUCCAGAAAAGUCAUAUUCGUGGCCUGUCGAAAUUGGUCAAGACACGAAAGACUUGUCGCCUCUUCUAUGGGCUGUCACGAACACGAAAACGGAGAUUGUAGAACUACUCGUUGAAAAGGGAUCAGACACUGAGGUCAAAUACGAACACGGUACCACGGUACUUUCGGCAGCUGCUUUCCAUGGCAAGAAGCGCAUAGUCGAGAUCCUUCUCAGACAUGGUGCCAAACUGGAAGCCAGAAACGAAAACAAUCUUACGCCACUGAUUUAUGCAUCUUACGGCGGACGUCAAGAAGUAGUGACGCUCCUUCUGGACAAGGGAGCCAAGAUCGAUUCGCGAACGGCUUCAAAGAGCACGGCUCUAGGUUUAGCUGCGUCAGAGGGACAUGACAAUGUGGUAAGCUUGCUUCUGGAUAGAGGCGCCAACGUCGAAUCAAAGGACGAUGAUGGUAAUACCGCGCUUGCAAAAGCAGCUUCUCGAGGGCAUGCAAAGACGGCGGAGAUAUUGAUCAAGAAAGGAGCAAAGAUUGGAACGCGAAACUUGAAGCAACAAACGCCAUUGGCCAUAGCUACAAAAAAUGGGCAUAAGGUUGUUGCAAGAAUGUUGGUUAAUGCAGGUGCUAAAGGCUAA